AUGGACGAGAGCAAGAACAGCAUGGACUCGAGUCAAGCCACAGAGUCCGAAGGCAGCGAUGAAGAGGUCGAGACUUCAGUCCAGGAGGACAUCAACCGCUUCGAGCAGUCGUUCAAGAACAUCUCGACUCGCUUCCGCCUCAUCAACCGCAUUGGAGAAGGUACCUUCUCGACCGUCUACAAGGCCGAGGACCUUCUCUACGACAAGUACAAGAACGACUGGAACCACGUCUCCUUCUCACCACAAACAAAGUCCGCACGAGACCGACCGCGUGCUCGCUAUGUUGCCAUCAAGAAAAUCUACGUCACCUCGUCACCCAUGCGCAUCUUCAACGAGCUCGAGCUGCUGCACGACUUGAGAGACUCCCAGAACGUCUGUCCACUGAUCACCGCCUUCCGUCAUCAAGACCAGGUCGUCGCCGUCCUGCCUUACUUCCAACAUCGCGACUUCCGAGACUACUUCCGCGACAUGACCAUCAACGACAUGCGUGUCUACUUUGGCCAACUCUUCACUGCCGUCCGAGCCGUCCACGAACACCAAAUCAUCCACCGCGACAUCAAACCUACAAACUUCCUAUACUCGCCCACAACACAGAAAGGCGUCCUCGUCGACUUUGGUCUGGCUGAAAGAGAAGGAACAGAUUGGCACCACUGCAACUGCCAGUACUCACACGAAGACCGUCGAUACCGUGUCUCGAACUCGUUAUACUCCUCAAUACGCACUCAAUAUCGUGACGCUGGCACACUACCUCCGCCACCUGCAUACCCCAAAGAAGACUCUCGAAACUCGCGCAGAGCAAACCGCGCCGGCACCAGAGGCUUCCGUGCCCCUGAAGUCUUGCUCAAGUGCACUUCUCAGACUUGUAUCAUCGACAUCUGGAGUUGCGGCAUCAUCCUCCUCACUCUUCUCAGCCGUCGCUUCCCCUUCUUCCACUCGGCCGACGACAUUGAUGCUUUCAUCGAGUUGUGCAGUAUCUUUGGCAAGCGUCGCAUGAACGAAGCUGCUUUACUGCAUGGUCAGGUCUUGCAGACAAACAUUCCUACCAUCAGCGAGAACGGCCAUAGCUGGGAGAAGAUUCUGCUGUGGUGUACGGAACGCCGCAAGACUGACCUACCGCUCAUCGACGAAGAAAAGGAAGCCGUUCAAUUCAUGUCUCUUUGUCUCGAGCUCGAUCCUUCGAAGCGCAUAUCAGCCGACGAAGCUCUGGAGCAUCCGUUCCUGACUCUCGACACCUCGGAACGCUCUCAUAGGAACGGUGCCGAUGGGAUCGAGUGA